AGCGGUGGUUCGGGGUCGGGAAGGAGGAGGCCGAUGGAAAUCCGGCCUCUGGCUGACGUUUUGCGUUGCGCUAGGAGCCUUCUCAGUUCUAUAGCCAGUACAGCGUUAAGGGAAAAGCAGACACUGAUGGUCAAUCGGGCGGUGCGCACCACAGCCAAGCGACGCGUCACUGCACCCCCGGGUUUUAAGCUCCGCACACGUGGACUCGAAUUAUAACAAAAUUGAAAAACGCACCGUCGCUCAAUCAACCAAUCAUACGAGAAUAAACAGACAAUUAUUUUUUAUCCAGCGGACUAUUAAUCGAACAAUUAAUGGGAUUUUUUUGUUUUGGUACCCGAGGGCACUGUCUGGUGGUAAACAUCUGAGUGGCGGCUGGUCCUUAGUUCGAGAGGGAGUUUUAUAUCGGGAGUUUUUUUUAUGAUAUCAGUGACACCGACGGAUAAUAGUGGUGCUGAUAUAACCAAUGGUGUAGGGAUUCUCUGAGACUUGUGAUACUUCUGGUGAAAAAGUUAUUUGCAGUUUUAUUUUUCUGUUGAGUGAUUCAGUUCGCGGAAUUUUUUUUUAAGAAUCGAGUUUUUUUUUUUGAUCGUGUGGUUACGAUAGUGAUUCUUUUCUGGUGACAGGAUCCGGCCUGAUCACGGCCAUUCUCGACACGGUACGUUGGAUUUUUGGGGGAUUUUAUUGAAGCAGUGCGGUAGUGUGGCCGGCGGUGGCGGCGGAGGUGUCAGCGGUGGCGGUUCACGGCUGAGUCUGAAUCUACCGAGUGGCGGAAGUGAUCGUGUCUCUGAUUACCAGCCGAGCGCUGCGGCUGUUAGGAGCAGAGAAGCGGCCGCGGCGGCCCUGCACGCGGCAAGAACGCUGUUGGGGGCGGGGGUGGCUAACCCUUGCUCGCCCACCCCCGAGCCGCCCUUCUGGAAAAUGCCGCACAAAGAGGAGGAUUUGAUGCACGGGGGCGGUAUUGGCGGGGGUUCUAUGGUCGGUCAGAACUCAAUAUUUGGGUGCUCGGCAGCGGGACACAGUGGGGUCAACCAGCUUGGUGGUGUUUACGUCAAUGGCCGACCAUUGCCAGACUCAACGAGGCAAAAGAUUGUAGAAUUGGCACAUAGUGGUGCGAGACCGUGUGACAUAUCGAGAAUACUGCAAGUCAGCAACGGAUGUGUCUCCAAAAUUCUUGGAAGAUAUUAUGAGACUGGCUCGAUAAAACCUAGAGCAAUUGGAGGCAGUAAACCGCGAGUCGCAACGACCCCAGUGGUGAACAAAAUAGCGGAUUACAAGCGUGAAUGUCCCUCGAUUUUUGCUUGGGAGAUACGGGACAGACUUUUGCAAGAGGGUGUUUGUAACAACGAUAAUAUACCGAGUGUGUCCUCGAUCAACAGGGUGCUUAGAAAUUUGGCUUCUCAGAAGGAGCAACAGGCAGCUGCUGUUCAGGUACAUCAGGGUGCUGAGAGUGUCUAUGAUAAGUUGAGAAUGUUUAAUGGGCAAGCAACUGGAUGGCCACCAGCGUGGUAUUCAGCUACACCCUCUCAUCAUCCCCUCGCUACUGGAAUGCCAACAACAGCGGGGCCUGGAUCAGGACAGUCACUUUUACCUGGUGGACAACUUCACGCUCGUGAUGAUGCGCUUCUCAAACGCUCUGAUGCUGGAUCUCUAUUGUCCCAUCAGCAAGAGACAACUUCGGACGGUAAUUCUGAACACAAUUCAUCAGGGGAUGAGGAUUCCCAAGUACGACUCAGGCUGAAGCGCAAACUCCAGCGCAAUCGCACAUCAUUCUCCAAUGAACAGAUAGACGCCCUGGAAAAAGAAUUCGAGAGGACACAUUAUCCGGACGUGUUUGCACGGGAGCGUCUCGCCGAGAAGAUUGGAUUGCCUGAGGCACGUAUCCAGGUUUGGUUCAGUAAUCGUCGGGCUAAGUGGCGACGAGAGGAAAAGUUGCGAAAUCAACGACGCGCCGCUGUGGAUCAAGUGGUUGGUGGUGGUGGUGGUGGGGGUGGUAAUGGCUCAGCGCCACCUGCAGCAACACCAGCGACACCUAGGAUACCGUUGAAUGCUGGCUUCAAUGCUAUGUACUCAUCUAUACCACAGCCAAUAGCAACAAUGCCGGACACUUACAGUUCGAUGACGAGUAGUCUGGGCGGAUCAAUGGGGAGCAGUUGUCUUCAGCAACGGGCUGAAGGAUAUCCAGCCUAUGUAUUUCACGAACCACUUCAUAGUCUAACGCAGUCGUACUCACACGCUCACACGACAGCAGCACAUUCACAACCUCAUCGGGGCAUACCCACGUCUCAUGGUGGUACUCCGAGUACACCGGGAGGACAACCCACUGGACCAGGGGCAACGCCUUAUCAGCCAACUACCUCCACGGCCACUGGAGUUAUAUCAGCGGGUGUGUCGGUGCCAGUGCAGAUACCAUCACAGACACCGGAUUUAGCCGGCAACUAUUGGCCACGGCUUCAGUGAUCCCAGCUAUUCGGGUUCCCGCCCGCGAGCCUACUCGUAGGACAGGAGAGCCCGCCUCCAGGACCAUCAACCCCUAAUGCGGUAUCACGACCGCUUCUUGCUUCACUCGGUCUACCACAGUCCAUGCCAUCUUCAUCAACAUCAAUUCCACAGAGUGGACAUCACGCGAGUACACCAGCAACACCAGUCACCAAUUCCGAUGCCAGUGAGUGAACCAAAAUGAGAAAUUAAUGAGGAUAGAGAGAACGUAGGAUUUUCCGAUGAGAAAAAUUAAAUAUGUUGUAUAGACGGGGUCUAGGAGAAUUUGGAGACCACCCGGGUCAUGCAGGGUUCUGUAGGAAAAGGUCAAACCCGAUGGACCAUAAGUAAAGCAAAACUCAAUCAGUAGUACUGUUCCUUGGGCUUGUCCAGUCUCUCUUUUUUACUUUUUUAAUUCAGCAAAUUUUAGCGGGGUUUCACGAAGAGUUGCGGUGAGGGGGGAGGGGGUUUGACUCAAGUUUUUAUGAAGUUGGAGGAUUAAAGUAUGAGGAUGAAUCAUUGGGGGUGGAAUGGGUUAUUUUUUUAAUACAAAGGCAGUUUAAGCCGAUAAUAUUCGGUUUUAUUAAGUGUCAGAACUGCAUUCAACUGUUGAUUUGGACAAAAUUUUAAUUGAGAUUUUCUUGGAUGUGAGUCUAGUGCUUCGAGUCAAAGUAUCAUACCUUGAAUUAAAUCAUGUUCUUUCGAGUAAUUUAAUACUUUUAUUUACAUUGAAAAAUAAAAAAUAAUAACGGGAGAUUUAUUAAUCGGGAGUUAAUAUAAAUUUAUGGACAUUUUCAUAUUCCGCGUAAUUAUAACAAAUAAGAUGGUACAUUCAAAGAGUAUCUGUUAAUUUAAUUGAACAUUGAUUCAUCCUAGGACUUCGAACAUGAUUUCAUGUCACACAAAGAAAUUAAAUGUGAGUUGAAUCAAAGAACGUCUGGACUUGAGUUAUCUUGUCAUUUAAUUCUAAAUAAAAUAUCACCCAACUUGACUUAGACUGAAAUAACCUUCCUAACUUUUGAAUCAACCACGAAAAACUUCAGUCAAACUUCAAACCCUCAGCUGACGUCCAAUCAACGACAAAGACUCAAUCGAGGCUAAAUCCAACCCCAGGCGGUCUUAAAACCUCCCCUGAAAAGCGGUUCACACCAAAGUCAGUUCGAUUUCAAAACUUGAGUCAAUUCUUUAUCACCAAAGUAUCUUCAGAAUAAUCAGAGUGAAGAAAUAUCCAAAGCUACGCAGAAGACAAGAAUUUGAAGUAAAGAGAGAGAUUUGGAUUGUAGUGGCAACUUGAUUUAAGUACAAAUAACCUUCGCUUAACUCUCGGAAAUUUUCACCAGACAAAUUCAUUAAAAAAUCUGAAUGAAACUCUAAACCCUCAACCGACGCCGAAGCAAAAUUCACCGAACCUUGUUCAUCACGUUCACGCUUUUAAAAUUUUUCAAUAAAAAAUUGUUCACAAUCAAGUCGGUCGUAAAACUUGAACCAACUCUUUCUUUCCGAAAUCUCCGUGGUAUAACUGGAGGGAAUAACUGUACGAAACUGGGAGAUCGAUUGCGGCGAAUUUAACGGCUGCAGGGUGGUAUGGUAUGGUAAUUGCAGAGUCAAAGAUGUGAGGGAUGUUAGGAAGAGGGUUGGGCCACGGGGUGGGGAAGGGUGAGAGGGGGGGGGGAAUCCCUUGAAUAGAGAAAGAAUUUGAAGGAAAAAGAGAGCACAGAGAGGUUUGGAUCGCAAGUUUUCUACUGACGGCUGGUGGUAUUCUCGCGAGGUUUGAGGGAAAAAUGUAGUAGCCAUUGGGGAGAAGGGGAUGGAGAAUGGGUGGGUGAGUUCUACUCACUGAGAUGAGCUGUUUUCGGCGAGACGAGAGAGAGAGGGGGCAUGGCAGGAGGGGAGUAGAGAAUUGAAUAGAAUGAGAAAGAGGGCUGAGGCAGUCUGCGAGGGGUGGUAAGGGGGAGGGUUUGAUAGUUGCCUUCUAAGGGUGGUUUUCUUGGGGUCGGCCAUCGCGCUUCCAAACGAGAUAUGGCGUCGUAUCCUAACUGUCGUACUUGCUGUAUAUCCCAUCGGUGUUAUCAUCCAUUCAUUUUUGGAGAGAACCAAAAAAAAAAUAGUAAAAAACCACUUCAGCAAUUUUAUUUUUCUCAUUUAUUGGUGCCUAUGAAAUUUAUUGUUUUCAUAAUUAAUUGAUUAAUUAAUUGUUAAGUCAAUUCACGAAUAUUUUAUGUUGGAAUAUUAUUUUUACGGCGCACUCUUAAUGUAUAUCAUUUUCUUAGAAAAUUUAUUUCCAUGAAAAAGUUGGACAAUGGAAUUUAAUGAAAUUGGUGUAUAAAAAUAUUGUAAAAUACAAUUUGUUACUAUCGUUUAGGUGAUAUAAUGUAUAUUAAUCGCAUUGAUACUUGUAUAUAGAGAAUGAGGAGUGUUUUUUUUCGGCCGGUUGAUUGUAUAAUAUUCAUUAAAAAAUACACUUUUCAACAGAUGAAAAAAAAAUAACAGUAAUAUUACGUAAUUGGUGUUUUAUAUCCUCAUGCCGAAAUAGUCCAUACCAGUAACGAUCAUUCAGACAUUUUUUUAUCCAGUUUUCACCCCCCGCCUUCCCCCUUCACCAUCCACUGUACAAAACAAAUUUAUGUUCACGCUCAUUGCCAUUUUUAUUAUUCUUCCAUGACUGAUUCCUCAUUUAUUAUUAUUUUUUUUCAGUAAUAAAUUGCAAAUUAAAUGCAUCCAGUGAGCUGAAAAAACUUUUGUUUGAUGAAAUAGCAUUUUAUUGGAAAUAAAAAUUAUCCGGGAAUACGACUAAAGGGGGUGGAAGGGGGAGA